AUGGACAAUAGUGACGAUUCUAAAUUUGCUCAACAAAAUAUGGAAAAUAAUUCCACAGUUAAUGAUGACGAUAACAACGAUUGUUCUGUAGAUUCUAGUAUUAUUGAAAAAAUAAAAGAUUCUAAAAAUGUGGAUGAUUUGAACAACGCAAGUAAUAAAUUAUUAACAGAUGUUACUAACAACGAAAAUGCAAAUAAGCUUCUCGAUGAUACUAAUGAAGAAGAAUUAACUAAGAUAAAAGAAAAGAAACGUGGAAAUAGAAAAAGAAUUUUAUCACUAAGCGAUUCUGACGACGAAUUAGAAAAUGAAAGUUUAGUUAAUAACAUAGCAGGUGCUAGUGAAAAUGAAUUCGAACAAAACGACGUGAAUCAUCAAGAAGCCGGUAUCAGAAAGUCUCGGAAACGAAUUACCUUAAUUGACAGUGAUUCUGAAGAUGAACCUUCCAUAAUUACUGAAAGUAAAGGUCCUUCUAGCACUCAAGCUGAUUCAAGUAAAGCCAAUUUAAUAAAAACGAGUAAUGAAAAUCCGGAACUCGCUAAAUGGAAUUUAAAUUUUGACGACAGUGAUUCCGAUUUAGAAAAUUUAAUUACAAUCCACAACAAGAGUUUUACUGAAACCACUUCGGAACGGCCCUUGUCACCUGAAAAUGAAAGUAUCAAGCGUGAUCGGUAUAAUCUUAGCGAGAGUUCAGAUGAUGAGACCAAUGUUAAGACUAGUAAAAGAGACUCCGAGGAAAAUAACAGUGGUAGUGAGAAAGGCUAUAAUUCUGGCAAUGAGAUUAAAAAGUCUAUCAAAUACAAACGAAAAAGGAGUGUCAAAAAUAAUGAUGAACCCCAUGAGAUGACUGCUAGAGAAGCCGUGAAGCAAAGAGAAGAAAUUCGUUCGGAAACCCAGAGGCUAGUUCGAGAAUCGAACAUUUCACUUCCAUACCAUCGGCCCAAAUCUUACACUUUAAAGGAGUUCCUAGCCAGGCGACCUAAAUUUGCCUCUGCAGUUCCAUUAGCAACGAAAACUCCCCCUUCGAUAGCUAUGAAAAUGGCUACUGAACAAUUAGAAGUCAUUACAAAAAAGCUGGAAGAAAGGCAUAAAGAAGUUCAAGAAUUUUACAAGUCAGAUAGUGAACAUGAAGAUGAGAAUGAUGAUGAAGAUUACAUACCACCAGGUGACACAACUAGUGAAGCAGAUAUCAAAAAGGCUGAUGAUAACACUAAUGAUAUAUCAAAUAAUUUGGACAAAAAUAGUGAUUGUGAAGACUUAAUAGAAAAAUAUAAAGCUGCCGAAGAAGGGGUAAAUGAUUUGAAUAAUAUUGAUGACAAAUGUAGCUCCCUAAUGGAUAUCGAUAAUGAACAGAUUGAAUCUAAAGAAUCGACAACAGAAAAUGUUCAAAGUAAUAAUUCAGAACAAGAAAUAAGAACAAACGAGAAUACUUCAUUAACAAAUAUUCCUGCUGAAGAUAUCGUAAUAAAUAAACAAUCUAAUGAUAAAGUUAAAAUAAUAUCAGAUUUCCUCAUAAAACCCCCUGAAAAUGAACCAAAUGUAGCUGAUUUUGAUAAAACACAAAGCAAUAAUACCAACGAAAACAAUGCAACUCUUAAUAACUCGGAUACAUCCAAUAAUAUCAACAACUUAUCAGAAGAUUAUGAAUUUAAUUUAGACGACAUCGAAGAUGAUACCAUGGGAGUAACAAACGAUAAUCAAAACACUGCAGGCAAACUACUAGACCCUGAGUUUAUGGAAAUACAUCAAGAGAUCGAAAAUUCAAUCAGCGACAAACCAAUCGUCCCCAAAACCACGAAAUCCAAACUAGAAAUAAUCAAAGAAAGGUUCCUCAACGACCGGCCGAGAUUAAGCGGCAGCCCGAACCACCUCAUCGAUUUAGACACUGUAAUUGAACCUAACGAAGUCACCAAGCUCAUGGAGAGAUUCGCCCUUCACACCGCCAAGAAGGCGCACCACAAGGAUAAGGUGAAACUGAACGUGGUCAGCGUCGAGCAAGGCGGCGAAAUCCACAACGAGACCGUUUCUGUGAGCGCGGACGCGGAAGAAAUCGCAAUCGAAGAAAAGCCGGGCGUCCGAUUGCAGAGACUGAGGAACGAAUUGCAGAGUCAAAUAGCGCAAAGGAAGUCCGAGAUAUGGCGGCAAAGAGCCGCUGCAAAAGACGAGGUUCAAACGGAAAUCGAUCCGUAUGAUGGGGAGAAAUCGGAAUGUGGAGCUGAUGAUAAUAUUCUUGACGACGAAGAGGAGGAUGAAAUGAGCGAAUCCAGUGAUGAAGAGGAAAUCGAGGAAGAUUUAAUUGAUGGUAAACCUAGAAAAAAAUCGGAGUUUCUGAACGAUGAAGCCGAUGAAUCCGAUAUCGAGGAUAAUGAAGAGAAUUUGGGGAAUGAUGAUAAUGAAGAAGAGGGCGAAGGCGAUACUGGUAGUAAUGAAGAUGACGAUAAUGAAGUGGACGAGGAUAACGAUGAACAAGAAUCAAAUAUUGAUGAAAACAACGAAGAACAAAGUCUGGACGCAUUACCAUUCAAAAAACCUUUGAGAAGAAUAAUCAAAGCCUUCACUGAAGACUCGGAUGAUGAAGAAAACGCCAUUUUACCGGGAGAAACCAUCGGAAAAAUUGCUGAAAAAUUAAACAAAAGCAAUGAGACCGAUACUAAUUCUACACAAGACGACUAUAUUACCCCGUACCAACAGCAAACUAUGAACAAAACUCCGAAUAAAUCAGACUGUACUGAUCCGAUAUUUUUAACUCCAGUUUCCUACAUAACCGGCCUUCAAAAUUUAUCAAACUCUGCUUCAAAGGCGAACGUACCCUCACCUUUAAGAGAAAGCGAUUGGCAUGCGGAACUCCAGAAGAAACUGCACACUGAUUCGAUUAUCACAAACUCCCAGGCUGAAGCGAUGAAGGAACUUUGUUCAGAUGAUUUUCCAGUGUCUCAAGAUCUUUCUAACGAAACCAUCGAAUCGAGCGCAAAACUCACAGAUUUAACUGGCGGCAUCCAAAUUGCACCGACUAAUACUCAGGAAAUUUUAAACAUUUGUUCCGGCACUUUCGAGGAAUCCCAAAACGAUGGAAUAUCCUCGCUGCCUACAGCAAACUCUAAUUGCAUUAAUCCCUCGGUUAAAGUUGCAUUAAACGCAGUCGAAGAAGUGAAAUCGCUCGACAAAGACCAGGACAUGAUCAUUUCGCAGCUACUAAAUGAAGAAGAAUUGGAGACCUUCAAGAAGAAAUUCGAUUCUCCGGUUCUGGAAUAUACACAGAGGUCUCACGAAGAAGCUAUGGGAGGUGGAGGAAUAAUCGAAUCGGACGAUGAUGAAGAAGGGAUACUUGAAGUUAGAAAAAAGAAAAUAAACCAGAAGAAACUCACUUUUUCAGAUGACGAAAGCUCUGUCGGUGACGAUGAAGAAAGGGAUUUGUCUGAUGAAGAAAUGGACGAUGCGCAACCUUUACCUGCCGAAAUAAAUUACGAUUCCGAAGAGAACGAAGUAGAUUAUGCGGAAGAAACAGAAAAGAAGCCUCUCAAGGCCAAGGAUUUCUUCGAAGACGAGGCGGAGCUCUCCGAAUCCGAAUGGGGCAGCGAUGACGAGGACGAAAAGGACUUGGACGUUCUCGAAUUCGAACAGGGCGACAAGGAUCAAUUCGAUAAUAAAAAAUUGAGAAUGGAUUUGGAGAAAAUUCACAUGAGGAGAAUUUUAGACGACGACACCAGAGAGUUGCUAUUAGACGACGGGGAAUUGCACGGGUCGGGUCGAGAGCGGCAGUUCCGUUGGAAGAACGUGGAUUCGAAUUUUCCUGCCGAGGACGAAACGAGGAACAGCGACGACGAGGCGCCGGUCGAGGAAGACGACAGCGAAGAGCAGUGGCGCAGGAGAAGACACGAAAGGGAGAUGUUUUUGAAGGAGAAGAAAUCCCAGCAGGAGGAUAUCGAGAUGUUCGACGGCGGCGAGAUAUUGAAACUGGGUUACAGAGUGAUAACGAGCAGUUCGAGUAUUUCGCAAAGCAGCACCGCCGGCGAGAAUAAGACCGAUGCGAGUUCUAGUCCUGCCGUAAAAAAGGCGUUUGGACUUUUGCACAAAAGGGGUUCGUUUUUGAGCAGAGGCGAGACGAUGUUGAAGAAAUUAGCUGAAUUCAAUAAAUUAACCAAUGAAGACUCGGAUGGUACGGUGAAGGCUGGAAAAAAGACUAGUAAGAAUUUUCUGUUUCAAACCGUCGCUCGAGAGGAAUCACCAAAAUCAUUCUUAAUCUCGUCAGUCAAGGUGGGUUUUCAUCGAAUCGUUCUGUCGUCGACGCAAUCCCCCGUGGGGAAAGGAUUUUCAUUAAUUGGCAACCUGCAAGUCGACAGGAGGAUGCAGGAGUCGUCCGUAAACGCGGGAUUAGCGUCAUAUCCUUAUCCCUAA